CGCGCGCCAGCCGCGACGCCGAGAUGGGCGGCGGGGAGAUGACCGCGGACGAGCUGCUGGCCAAGGCGGAGAAGAAGAUGACCACGACGCUGACGCGAUGGAAGCCCGACUACGAGUCAGCCAUGCUCUACUUCGACGAGGCCGCCACCAAGCUCAAGCAGGCGGGGCGCAAGCAGGAGGCCAUGAUCGCGUGGGAGAAGUGCGCCGAGGCCAACGAGCGCACCGGCAACGACUGGCACGCGGGCAAGCACCUCGAGCAGUGCGCGUCGCUGGCGAGAGAUCUCGCGUUGCACGAUCAGGUGGUGGCGUACGCCGAACGCGCGUGCGCGGCGUACGUGUCCGCCGGGCGCGCGCAACGCGGCGCGGAGUGCCUCGGCAAGAUCGCCCGCCUCAUCGACGAGGCCGCCCCCGACGAGGCCUACGACCUCGCGUCCAGGGCGUGCGAGAUGCUCGAGGACGACGGCAAGGCUGCCAACGCGCGCGAUUUUUACAGCCUCGCAGGCGCCAUACGCAUGAGGCAGGAGAAGUUCGCGGAUGCCGCGGAGACGAUGCUCCGCUUCGGCGCCUCCUGCGACGCCGCGAACGCGCACGCCAGCCUGCGCAAGGCGUACCUCAGCGCCGUCGUCGCGCAGCUGUACGCGGGGAACGGCGCGGAGGCGCAACAGCUGUACGCGGAUGUCGGCGAGAUCGACGCGUUUCAAGAUUCCGACGAGCAGCGAUGCGCGUACUCGUUAAUAAGCGCGUACAGGGACGCGGACGCCGACGCGGUGCGAUCGGCGAUCGCGGCGUCCAACGCGCUGACGUUCCUGGACGCGCCGUUCGCUCGAGCCGCGCGGAAGCUGCCGCGGCCGGGUCACGACUUGCGAGCCGUCUCGAUCGCGAUGGGGGGCGACGGCGGCGUCUUGGCGGCGGGGGAGCGCUUCAUGGACGGGAUCGGAGGCGGCGGCGGGGGCGAUAGCGACCUGCCGGACGACGAGGACCUGACGUGAAAGCGACGGAAUGAACGCGUGAACACGAACCGACGCGACGAUUCU